AUGCGCGACCGGGUCUCGACUACCCCGCUGGUGACGAGCGAAACCCUCUACAACGCAUCAUCGGGCGGCGACGAUGACACGCAGGACGACAAAACGGCACCGGGUUCUGCCAGGAAGCGAUCGGCUGCGUCCACGAAGCUCGACGAAUGGGGCGACAUUAACGCUCGCGCAUACGAAUUGAAGAAGGAGCAAUUGGAGUUUACCCAUCAUGUGGAGCACCAGAAGCUGGAGAUGGAUCGUCAACGUGAGGCGAGGCUGGUGGAAGAAACAAGGUUGAACGUUCGACUCUUAACUAUCCAAGCGGAUGAAGCACAUUGGAAGUAUAAGCUUGCCCGGGAUAUGGCGGAAAUCGAGGGGUGUAUAAGGAAGAUCCAAACGCGCAAAGACCUUAAGGAGAGAGGGUGGAGUGACAUUGACAUUGACUUAGCGUGUCCAAUGUAA